GUACGUGUUCUUCAUGUGUGCCGGCACUGUCGCGCGUUGCAUCUCGCUCUUGUGGCGCACCGGCGAACGCAGCUUUAACAGUGCCGGCUAUGUGGCAUUUACAUGGAAUCUGGAGCAGAGCAAACGCUACAACUUGAUGGUUCUCUUGGCCGCAUCUGGGCCAAUCAUGUUUGGCAUCUACAUCCUCAUCUUCGUCCUUUUUUUCACCGAGGCAGAGCCAGGGCGUGGUACCGGCCUCCUCAACAUGAUGUUUCAGCUGGGGCUUGUGGCUUAUCCCGCCAAGCUGUUGCUGAUCCCGGCUACGCCGAUCCAUCACUGGACCCCGGAGUGUUUCGCCGGGAUCCACUUCAGGCGCAAGUGGUGGUGCAUGUUCACCCAGAGCAACGAUACCUUCGGCGUGAUUAUCGUGGAUGCUCUCUGGCGUGCCAAGCAUGGGCAUUUCGAGACUCAGACAAGCUGGAGAAGCUGCUGGAUCCCAGCGACACUGAGACCUUCUUGCGCGCGGCAGGGAAGAUGCAAGAUGAAGAGGACUCCGAAACGGAUCCUCUCGUCUUGA